CAGCUUUCCUACUCUGUCCUCAAUAACUAUAAAUACGCCUGUCUUGACUCUAGUUCAACUUCUGUGGCUCCCUUUUCACUCCCGCUUUCCUUUCUUGGCGGUUUUGUUGUGCUUGCCACCCAACUCAUCCUCUACUGAUCUGCGCCACAAUGAGGCUCCGUUUGGGGUUUAUCGCGUCAAUUUAUCUCCUCCAGGUUCUAUAUUUUGUCCUAGCGUAUGCAGAGAGGUCUAACAUACGGUUGCUGUUAUCUACGAAUGGCACAUCAGGGGAAAAACAUUCUGAAGGAUAUUGCACAAUGUAUGGUAUCUGUGGAAAACGACCUGAUGGUAAGGUGUUGAACUGUCCGACUGGUACCCCAUCUGUGCAGCCAGAUAAUCUUCUUUCAUCAAAGAUUCAAAGUCUAUGUCCAACUAUUACUGGCAAUGUUUGUUGCACAGAAGAACAAUUUGACACCCUACGAUCACAGGUUAUGCAGGCUAUUCCGUUUCUUGUUGGUUGUCCAGCAUGCUUAAGAAACUUUUUGAACCUAUUCUGUGAGCUUACCUGUUCUCCAAAUCAGAGCUUAUUCAUCAAUGUGACUUCUGUUUUAAAGGUUAAUAGCAGCCUUACAGUUGAUGCCAUUGAUUAUUAUGUAGCUGAUGCUUUUGGUGAAGGGCUAUUUGAGUCCUGCAAAGAUGUAAAAUUUGGUACGAUGAACACACGAGCCAUGCAAUUUAUUGGUGCUGGUGCUCAAAAUUUUAAAGAGUGGUUUGCUUUUAUCGGUAAACGAGCUAGUCCUAGCAUGCCUGGUUCACCAUAUGCUAUUGGAUUUCCCUCUACCAUGUCUGAGUCAUCUGGAAUGAAGCAUAUGAAUGUAUCGGCUUAUUCUUGUGGAGAUACUUCACUAGGAUGUUCCUGUGGUGAUUGCCCUUCAGCUCCCGUCUGCAGCAGUACUUCAACCCCCGUUUUCCAUAGAAAAAAUUCUUGUUCAGUGAGAAUUGGGUCUCUCAAGGUCAAAUGUGUCGACUUCGCUCUGUGUAUCCUAUACAUUAUAAUUGCCUCUGCUUUUCUUGGAUGGAGUUUGUUUUAUCGCAAAUCUCAAAAGAGCCCUUCUUCGGGAACUAAAACAAUGCCGAAUAUUAUGGAUGGUAGCAGUCUCCAUUCUGCUACUAGGCAAAAGGAUGAAAGUUUGCCAAUGCAGAUGCUUGAAGAUGCUCCUCAAAUCAGAAGUAGGAUUCAGCUUUCAGUUGUCCAGGGAUACAUGUCCAAUUUUUAUAGGAAAUAUGGGAAAUGGGUGGCUAGAAAUCCAACAUUGGUGUUGAUUUCAUCACUUGCCAUUGUUCUUCUUCUGUGUUUAGGCCUCAUUCGUUUCAAGGUGGAGACACGGCCUGAGAAGCUAUGGGUAGGACCAGGAAGCAGAGCAUCCCAAGAGAAGGAAUUUUUUGACACACAUCUAGCCCCUUUUUAUAGGAUUGAACAGAUUAUAAUAGCCACAGUUCCAGAUACUGAGCACGGAAAGCCGCCAAGUAUUUUGAAUGAUAACAAUGUUAAGUUACUGUUUGGCAUACAAAAGAAGAUAGAUGGUAUUCGAGCUAAUUAUUCUGGUUCAAGCGUAUCUCUAAAUGACAUUUGCUUGAAGCCAUUGGAUCGUGAUUGUGCCACCCAGAGUGUCCUGCAGUAUUUCCAGAUGAAUCCAGAAAAUUUUGAUAACUAUGGAGGAGUCGAACACCUUGAAUAUUGUUUUGAGCAUUAUUCCUCUGCAGACAGUUGCAGGAGUGCAUUUAAAGCUCCUCUUGAUCCAAGCACCGCAUUAGGGGGAUACUCUGGGAACAAUUAUUCAGAAGCUUCUGCGUUCUUAAUAACUUAUCCAGUGAAUAAUGCUAUUAAUAAAGAAGGGAAUGAAUCUGGUCGAGCUGUGGCUUGGGAGAAAGCCUUCAUUCAGUUGGCUAAGACCGAGUUAUUGACAAUGGUGCAAUCUCAAAAUUUGACGCUUUCUUUUUCUUCGGAAAGUUCCAUUGAAGAGGAAUUAAAAAGAGAGAGUACUGCUGAUGUCAUCACAAUCUUGAUAAGCUAUCUUGUGAUGUUUGCUUACAUAUCUCUUACUCUGGGCGAUAGACCACAUUUAUCUACUUUUUAUGUUUCAUCAAAGGUGUUACUUGGUCUCUCCGGAGUUGUUCUUGUCAUGUUGUCUGUUCUUGGAUCAGUCGGGUUUUUCAGUGCAAUUGGAGUCAAAUCUACUCUAAUCAUUAUGGAAGUUAUCCCUUUCCUUGUUCUGGCAGUUGGAGUGGAUAACAUGUGUAUAUUGGUACAUGCUGUUAAACGGCAGUCAGUAGAAUUGCCUUUAGAAGGACGAAUUAGCAAUGCGCUCGUAGAAGUUGGACCAUCCAUAACACUAGCAAGUUUAUCUGAGGUUCUUGCAUUUGCAGUUGGAAGUUUCAUUCCUAUGCCAGCAUGCCGUGUCUUUUCCAUGUUUGCAGCAUUGGCCGUUCUUCUGGACUUCCUGCUGCAAGUUACAGCUUUUGUUGCUCUCAUAGUAUUUGAUUUCUUAAGAACUGAGGAUAAGAGAGUUGAUUGUUUUCCGUGUAUUAAGAACUCAGGAUAUGCUGGAAGUGAUAAAGGCAUCACUCAGAGGAAUCCUGGCUUGUUAGCCCGAUACAUGAAGGAGAUCCAUGCCCCUGUGCUUAGCAUCUGGGGAGUCAAAAUAGUUGUCAUAUCCAUCUUUGUUGGGUUCACAUUGGCAAGCAUUGCACUAUGCACCAGAAUUGAAGCUGGUUUGGAACAAAAGAUUGUCCUCCCCAAAGAUUCUUAUCUCCAGGGGUACUUCAAUAACAUUUCUGAACAUCUCAGAAUAGGUGCACCAGUAUACUUCGUUGUAAAGAACUACAAUUAUAGCAAGGAUGAAUUGUUUUUUUUUUUUUUUUUUUUUUUUUUUUUUUUUNGACAGACAAACCAAUUAUGCUCCAUCAGUCAAUGUGACUCAAACUCUCUUUUAAAUGAGAUUGCAAAAGCUUCACUAAUACCAGAGUCAAGUUACAUUGCUAAACCAGCUGCUUCAUGGCUUGAUGAUUAUCUUGUGUGGAUAUCUCCAGAAGCAUUUGGAUGUUGUCGGAAGUUCACGAAUGGGAGCUAUUGCCCCCCUGAUGAUCAGGCCCCUUGCUGUGCUUCUAAUGGUGGUUCUUGUGGUCUGAAUGGAGUAUGCAAAGAUUGUACAACGUGCUUUCUUCACUCGGAUCUGCAUGGUGGUAGGCCAUCCACUACACAAUUUAAGGAGAAAUUGCCAUGGUUCCUCAGUGCUCUACCUUCUGCUGAUUGUGCUAAAGGAGGUCAUGGGGCAUACACUAGUAGUGUUGAACUGAAAGGCUAUGAAAAUGGUGUUAUUCAAGCAUCUUCUUUCAGAACAUACCAUACUCCCCUGAAUAAGCAGGUUGACUAUAUUAAUUCGAUGAGGGCUGCUCAAGAAUUGAGUUCAAGGGUUUCUGAUUCUUUGAAGAUAGAAGUCUUUCCGUAUUCUGUAUUUUACAUGUUUUUUGAGCAAUACCUCAAUAUAUGGAGAACAGCACUGAUCAACCUUGCCAUCGCUAUUGGUGCGGUGUUUAUUGUGUGUCUGAUCAUCACAUGCAGCUUAUGGACCUCGGCUAUCAUCUUGUUGGUGUUGGCAAUGAUUGUUGUGGACCUCAUGGGCGUGAUGGCAAUUUUGAAUAUCCAAUUGAACGCAAUCUCUGUUGUCAAUCUUGUCAUGUCUGUGGGAAUUGCUGUUGAAUUUUGUGUGCAUUUGACACAUGCUUUCUCGGUUAGCAGUGGAGAUAAAGACCAACGCAUGAAGGAGGCUCUCAGUACAAUGGGAGCAUCUGUUCUUAGUGGAAUCACACUAACGAAGCUAGUCGGGGUCCUUGUACUUUGCUUCUCCAGGACUGAAGUUUUUGUGGUUUAUUAUUUCAAAAUGUACUUGGCACUAGUACUUCUUGGAUUUUUGCAUGGUCUCGUAUUCUUGCCGGUAGUGUUGAGCUUGCUCGGUCCACCUUCAAGAUGUGUGUUCGUCGAGCAACAGGAUAAUCGGCCCUCUACUUCGUCUCGGUCAUGAGAGCUUUGUUUUAAUUUGCUUUGGUAGUUGAACAGGGUUGAUUGGCAUGCAUGCUUAAACGACACGAGUAAAGAAAGGAAGAGAAAAUAUAUAGUAGCUUCUAACUUGUAAAGUGAAAUUGGCAUACAAGGUAGCAUUAGUGAUUUUCGUUUGUAAUUUGUAUAAAGCGUUGCUUCCUUGCGUUCGAACGACACUUAAGUUGUGACGGUGUUGGACAAUUCUGAUACCGUCCAUUGAUUAUGUUGAUGUUAAUGAAUAUUGUUGCAAAUCCAAAGUAGCCGUGCAGGAUUGUUUGUGGAGU